UGGAGAAGGCCAUUAACAUCAGUGUAACAAUGGAAAUGGCGAAAAAGGAGGCCCAGCAACUAAGUGCUACAGAAAGAGUGCACCAACUCAACAAUGAUAAACCGAACGCGCAAGGGCCAUGUUUUCGCUGUGGUAGAUCUGGACAUCUUGCAUCGACGUGCUGGUGCAAAGAGAUGGACUGUCGUAACUGUGGAAAAAAAGGGCACAUAGAGCGGGCGUGCCGAAGUAAACAGGACAUGGACAAAAGCUCAAGGGCUGGGAACAGAAGUGACAAUAUGAAAUAUAAACAAAAAAGGCAUGUGCGCACCGUUUGCCAUGAUGAUGGAAGAAAUAGUGAUUCUUCGGAGGAAGAAGUGCCUGUAAAUACUAUACGAGCGAUGAAUGUAGGUGAGAGCUCAGAUGGCUACUGGGCUGAACCCAAGUUGGAGGGACAUGUGGUGAAAAUGCAGAUAGACACAGGAUCAAAGGCAUCACUAGUGUCACACAAGAUCUACAGGAAACUCAUGAGGCACCUUCCACUACGUCCAUCAGACACAGUGUUUAAGGCAUAUACGGGACAUCGAGUGCACAUGGAAGGGAUGACGGAUGUGACUGUUCAGUACCAUGGGCGGACAAAAAGGCUUCCCCUUUAUGUGACCAAGGGAAAUCAUCCUGCCAUAAUGGGGCGUACAUGGCUACAGGGAAUCCGGCUGGACUGGCAAGCGAUAAGGAAACUGUCACACAGUUCCUCUCUGCUACAAGAAAUACUCGAGAAACACAAAGAGGUUUUCUGUGAUGAAUUAGGCAGCAUGAAAGAUAUAACCGUUAAGUUACAUGUCAAACCUGGUAGCAAGCCUGUGUUUAUGAAAGCUAGACCAGUACCAUACGCCAUCCGAUCCAAGGUAGAAGCUGACUUGGACGCCCUGGUCAAGAAUGGGGUUUUGGAGCCGGUGACCAUCAGUGAGUGGGCCACACCCAUCGUUCCCGUACCAAAAAAAGAUGGGGGAAUUCGGACCUGUGGAGAUUUCAAGGUAACACUUAACCCGGUGUUAGCAGCGGAGCAAUAUCCACUUCCCCUAAUUGAUGACUUGUUUGCUGGACUGAGUGGGGGACAAAAAUUCAGUAAGGUAGAUCUCAGUCAGGCUUACCUACAAAUGCAUGUAGAAAAAGAGUCACGUGAAAUGUUGACCAUUAACACACACAAGGGUCUCUUCAGAUACUGCAGACUGCCGUUCGGCAUCACGUCAGCCCCGGCACUUUUUCAGCGAGCGAUGGAUCAGAUCCUUAGUGGGUUGCCUGGGGUACAGUGCUACCUUGACGAUAUCCUGUGCACUGGAUCUACCGAUGACGAGCACCUGCGCAACUUGGAUGCUACCCUUCAAAGGCUGAAGGACUACGGCUUAAGAGUCCGUAAGGACAAAUGUGACUUCUUCAAGCCAUCUGUGGAAUAUCUGGGGCAUGUGAUAGAUGCAGAAGGACUGCACACUGCACCAUCAAAAGUGGCAGCUGUCGUGGACGCGCCCCCACCCCAAAACAUCAGCCAGCUACGAUCUUUCUUAGGUCUGCUGAACUAUUACGGACGCUUCAUCUCCAAUCUGUCAUCACUGCUUCAACCCCUGCACGAACUGUUACGCCGAGACAAAACGUGGAAGUGGACAGCCAGCUGUCAGGAGGCUUUUGAAAAGGCUAAAGGAGCGCUGACUACGUCCAAAGUCCUGACGCACUUCAACCCAUCACUUCCACUGCAGCUCGCCUGUGACGCCUCUCCUUACGGAGUAGGGGCGAUUCUCUCUCAUGUCCUGCCGGGUGGUGAGGAAAAGCCAAUCGCUUUUGCAUCGAGGACAUUGAACAAAACAGAGUCUAACUAUGCUCAACUGGAACGAGAGGCACUGAGCAUUGUUUUUGGAGUUAGGAAGUUCCAUCAAUACUUAUAUGGGAGGAAGUUUACGCUCCUGACGGACCAUCGGCCCCUCACCACCAUCCUCGGUCCACACACUGGAAUACCGUCUCUUGCUGCAUGCCGACUGCAGAGGUGGGCUUUGUUGUUGUCGGCGCAUGCAUAUGACAUCAGGUAUCGAAAAUCAGACUUCCACUGCAAUGCGGAUGGCUUGUCCCGAUUGCCCUUGCCUGUCACAAGGCCGGAGUCGGACACGGUGGACCUUUUCUACUUCAGGGAGGUGGAGAGAGCACCUGUCUCUGCGGUGCAGGUAAAAAGGGAAACUCGGAAUGACCCGGAGUUAUCUGCGGUCGUGGACAUUGUCGUUAAGGGUCGAUCUGCUGGCGAUAAUGCGAGUCUGAAGCCUUUCCUCGGGAGGAGAUUGCAACUGUCUGUCCAGUCUGGGUGUCUACUCUGGGGUAGGAGGGUGGUCAUACCACGGUCACUUCGCUCAAAAGUGCUGCAGCAACUGCAUUCGGGACACAGCGGAAUAGUCCGAAUGAAAGAAAUAGCGAGAAGCUAUUUUUGGUGGCCGAACAUGGAUCAACAAAUUGAAGAGUUGGCCAAAAGCUGUCCAUCAUGCCACCGAGUCAGGAACAAUCCUCCACUAGCGCCUCUUCACCCCUGGGAAUUCCCACAAGGACCAUGGCACCGGGUGCACAUUGAUUUUGCGGGACCAGUGGAGGACAGGAUGUUCCUUAUUGCUGUGGAUGCACACAGCAAAUGGCCAGAGGUGGCUAUCAUGAGAUCAACCACUGCAGAAAAGACUAUCGAAAAGUUAGGGGAACUGUUUAGUCGGUUUGGAUCUCCUGCCCAGCUAGUCUCUGACAAUGGACCCCAAUUUGUCUCACAAGAAAUGGCAGUGUUCCUGCAAGCUAACGGUGUCCAACACAUUAAGUCGGCCCCCUACCACCCCGCAACAAAUGGGCUUGCUGAGAGAUUUGUUCAAACCAUGAAGCAUGCCUUGAAAACAUCACAAGGACAAGGAACACUACAUCAGAGGCUGCACCACUUCCUACUAACCUAUCGGAACAGUCCACAUGCCACCACCAAGACAUCUCCUGCUAGCCUGAUGCUAAAGAGAGAACUGCGCACCACGUUUGACCUCUUGAAGCCCUCAGCAAUGAAGGACAUUGUCCAAGGUCAGCAGGAAAAACAGGUUAGGUGCAGAGGACAGGAGGGCAAAGGAAGAGUUUUCAAGCCAGGAGACUCUGUGUUGGCAAGGAACUACCGUGGCGAACCAAAGUGGAUUCCUGCCACUGUUAUUGCGCAAACGGGACCAGUAUCUUAUACUGUCCAAACGUCUGAUGGUGUAUGGAGAAGACAUGUUGAUCAACUCCUGCAGACUCAGUUAGGGCCAGCAGAGCUGUCCCUCAAAGAUCUUCCUGAUAGCUCUGCCCACGUCAAAACGCCGGUUCCCAUACCCUCCCAAGUGCAGGACUCAAUCACACUCGCGCCACCAGUCCCAGCUGAGGAUGCGCAUGAGACAGAGACUCUGACUUCUCCCUUUGCAGAAGCUCCUGCAACAAGUUCACCAUUGAUCGACCGUGGAGCUGAUCCUGUGCCCCCAGAUAGGAGAUAUCCUAUCAGAGAGCGGCGAGCUCCCGCGCGCUUGGACUUAUAGGUUCGCGGUUGACCC